CUCACUCGCAGCUGGCACCUCGCUCACCUCACAACGGCCACUCCAUGAGCGCUGCGCCACUGCCGGCCCUGCCGCGCUUGCUGCUGCAUCGCACGCGCCUCAGCAAGGCCAGGCUCGCGACGGGCCGCCUCUCGCUGCCGCUGGCGGCACAGUGCAGCUCGCCGGCUGCACAGGCGCCUCGUGCUGCGCACCAGCCCGCAGCAUCGACGAGUGCAGCGGCAGCGCAUGCCUGCGCCGGCCGUGGCGCGGAUGUGCGAGGCGUGCGCGCAGACGCUGCCGAGGCGAGCUCGCGGCGGCAGCCAGCCUUGCUUCGCGCCCGCACAGGCUCCUCCGGGCGGCCUCCGUGCGGCGCCCAGUGCUACAGCACAGACGCUUCGGCUGGCGCUUCGAGUAGCCACGCCGCCGAAGCCGCCGCUCCAGCACCGUACGACGUGCUCUUCUGCGGCACCGACGACUUUGCUGCGACGGUCCUGGCUCGGCUGAUCGCCACGCCGUCGCUGUACUCCUCCAUCGCCGUGCUCGUACCGCCAGCACCUCGGCCUUCCACUCGCGCCAAACGCAUCCUUCCGACUCGGCCAGUCGCCGAGCUAGCCGAGCAGCACGGCCUGACAGUACACGUACUGCCGCCGGGCGGUGUGCAGGACUUCGAAGUCCCGCCCACGAGCGCCUCUUCUCUCCUUCUCACUGCGUCGUUCGGCCAUCUGCUGCCGGCCUCCAUGAUGGCACAAUGGCCAGAAAGGCACCGCCUCAACGUGCAUCCUUCUCUCCUGCCGCUGCUGCGAGGAGCUGCGCCGAUCCAGUGGGCCAUCGCUCGGCGACAGCAGACGGGAGUGUCCAUCCAGGAGCUCGGCGAGAGGUUCGACACUGGCCGACUGCUGUGCCAGACGCCCGUGACGACAGACACAGACGCAGACUUUACCUCUACAAAGGCGGUGCUAGCAGAUGCUGCAGCAGGCCUGCUCGUUCAGACGCUCGGUGAUCUGCCUCGUCUCAGCGCCGAGGCUCAGCCGCAGAGCGGGCCCUCUUCCGUCGCGCCCAAACUGCAGCGCAAGCACUCGCUCGUCGACUGGAGUGCCUCAGUCACAGACGUGCUAGCGCGGCAACGAGCGUUCUCCUACCUUUUUCCCCUGCACACCGUCUUCCGCGGCAAGUCAGUGCAGCUGCACGAGUUCACCGCCUGGCCUGCACAUCUCAAGAUGCCGAAGGUCAUGCGCGAGGAGACGACGCCAGUCGGCGAGGCUCUCAUCACGGAGCACGGCAUCGUCGUCAAGUGUGGCGCUGGGCACGAGGAAGAGACGCAGGCUCUGCUCAUCACGUCGCUCCAGACGGAGGGCAGGAAACAGCAGUCGGCGUUCGGCUGGGCCGUCGGCUUUGCUCUGCCGACGGAUUCGGCCUCGCGGACGCUCGGCUACAAGCCGGCUCGCUUUGGCGAGGCAGUGACUGCCAAGUCAUAAAUUACAUGAUCAUGCAUCAUGAUGCAAGCGUGUGCCGCCGGGCGAUGAGCAGAACGAAGGCCAGCUACUGCUCGUAUUCGCCGUUCGCGAAGGC